UCGAAUCAAUGUGGUUUGUUUUGCUCAACUGGAAAGCACGUGCAGCACGCGUAGUUUUACCAAAAACCUCAAUUUUUCAAUAAUUUGAAACUUAUUUCCCCGCAAAAUGGGUAAGAUCAAGGUGGAAAAGUCGGAUGCCGAAAUGGACACUACCGUGGUGAAGGAAGAGGAUACCUACGACGAGAAAUUGCGGAAUGUGAACGCGAUCUCCCAGCCGAUGGCGUCCAAGAAGCUGACAAAGAAAAUCCACAAGUUGAUUGAGAAAGCGGCAAAACACAAAACCUACCUCCGCAACGGUCUGAAAGACGUGCAGGUUCGUCUUCGCAAGGGUGAAUCCGGCUUGGUGGUAUUCGCUGGCGAUGUUACUCCAGUGGAAAUCAUGUGCCACUUGCCGGCCGUGUGCGAAGAACGUAAUAUCCCCUACUGUUACACCCCCAGCCGAAAGGACCUUGGUGCCGCCAUGGGAGUCAAGCGGGGCACGGUGGCGAUGCUGAUUCGGGAACAUCCCGAGUAUCAGGAUUUGUACGACAAGCUGAAGACGGAACUGUCGACACUGCCCAUUCCUUCGUAGGAAAUCUGCGCUGCAUAGCUGGUAAGGACAAUAGAGUUUAUAUCACUUGGGGAUCCCUCUUUACGUUCAUUCUUAACGUUCGGAAGGCCACUAACUUUUUUAAGUCUAAUGCAAAAUGAGUUCAAUACAGUGAAGCAAUGUUGAAUUUCGAAAACCAAA